AUUAUGCUGAACAGUUUAAAUUCAAAACUGUUUUUUUUAUUAAAACAUUAGUCAGUUGGUUCUCGAUUGCUGAGUCGCUUAGCCGUAUCGUACAAACAUAAACAGUGUGUUAAGUUAAACAACAAUCAGAAACCAUGAACGUGAUGCCAGUGGGUCCUUCCGCUACCAAUCUGAUAUGCCCAUCCUGCCGCGCCAGUAUAGUCAGCAGGAUUCAAUAUAAAGCCACUACGAGAACGCAUAUCAUGGCUCUUCUAUUAUGUUUGUGUCUAUGCUGGCCCUGUGUAUGUGUACCGUACUGUGUAGAUUCCUGUCAAAAUGCUGAUCAUUACUGUCCUAGUUGUGACGCUUAUCUUGGAACAUAUGCUGGAUAGGAAAAAAAAAUUAUAAUAUAAUUAAACGCAGGUUAUCAAUAAACAAUUUAAACUAUUAAAAAAUCUCACAGCUUUCAUCGGUUACUUUAAAUUCUCAACGGAAAAUUUAAAUGCGCCAGCAAAGGAAAUGAAGCGGCCAUAUCUCCGGGGUAUUGUAGCAACGUUUCAUUGGCUUGGAACCUGGUCGGAAAUCUGAGUUUCCAUAUAGUUGUGCCUAUACUUGAGUAUCCUUAGAAUGGUUACUUAUUAAGAAAACUGUUGCCUACGUAUUAUUGAACAUAAAUACAUAUGGUUAGCCGGAAACUUUAAUUGAAUAGUUAAAAUUCAAUAACAUUUUACUAAUAACGUAAACAUGUUGCCGCAUGGUGGAUCAAUCUGUUUUUUGUAUAACAUUUACAUUCACAUAGUUCUAAAGUGAAAAAAUCUCUUUAUCUUCAAUGCAUCUUGAAGUUAUAUGUGAAUUUUGUGAAACACGAAUCGCACUUAAAUUUUAAACGCUUAUUUCAGAUGAAGUUCUUCAUUUGUUUUUAUAAGAUUAAAUACAACGUGAUAUAUUUAUCCUUCUCUGUUCAUAAGUAGGUUUAUGAGAGAUGUUUUUGAUGUGUUAUUGAAUGUAAAGAAUAAUUAAUUUAAGCCAAUUAUAUAAGGUGGCAACCGGAGGUUCCAGGAAAACUACGAAACAUACUUAUAUGUAUAUUAUAAUAAAAAUUACAUAAUAAAACUUAUAACCUAUACCUAAGACUACAUGAUUGCCUCGAUGUUAGGAUAGCAAUGCCAUUCCAUAGCUUGUGUGGUAUCAGGAAACUUCUGGUUCACACGGCUUGGUGUUCGUUCCGCGGAGUCAGCGGCGUCACCAGUUAUAUGAUAUUUUAUCCAUACAACAAUGUUGCCCCGGCGAUGUUCAUUUAUUUUAUAAUAUGUAGCGCGUACGUAACAAGCCUAUAAACGUUAUGAUAUUUUAUUUUUUAAAUUAAAGAGUUCCUUGUUA